AAUUAAUUUUUAUUUACAAAGUUGUUGUCUUUUUUUAACUUAAUUUUGGGGGGGCCCCUGUGUUUUUCUUUACCUUCUCUUACACAACAUCAGUUUCUUCGAUUUGUUGAUCUGCUCCUCACACCUGUUGGCCUCGAUCUUUCUCUUAAAUGGCCACCGGAGAUCCUAGAGAGAGAGAGAGAGAGCGGGGGGCGGUUUGAAUUGGAAUUCUGAAGAUGGGUUUUCUGUGAGUGGAGGAAAGUUUCAAGCUUUGUUUGUGUUUCUGUAUGAGAGAGAGAGAGAGAGAGGUUUUAAUAAUUGCAAGUGUUUGUGGGGCUUUUGUUGGUGUUGUUGGGUGGGUUUGAAUUUUGGGUUUGGAGUUUGAUAUGGGUGGGUGCUUUCCUUGCUUUGGAUCAUCCAACAAGGAGGGUAGUGGGGGUGGUGCUGGUGUGAAGGAAGUUAGCAAGAAGGAAUCAGUUAAAGAAGGCUCAGCUACUCAGUCUCACCAUGUUACCAGAGUUGGCUCAGAUAAAUCAAAAUCUCGGAAUGGUUCUGAUCCUAAGAAGGAACCACCUAUUCCAAAAGAUGUACCUACAGCACACAUUGCUGCACAAACAUUUACUUUCCGGGAGCUUGCAGCUGCAACAAAGAAUUUUAAGCCCGAGUGUUUAUUGGGUGAAGGUGGUUUUGGACGUGUCUACAAAGGUCGCUUGGAGAGCACAGGGCAGGUGGUUGCAGUGAAACAACUUGACAGGAAUGGACUGCAAGGAAAUCGAGAAUUUUUGGUGGAGGUUCUUAUGCUUAGCCUUCUGCACCAUCCAAACCUUGUCAAUUUGAUUGGCUACUGUGCUGAUGGGGAUCAACGCCUUCUUGUUUAUGAGUUUAUGCCUUUGGGAUCCUUGGAGGAUCAUUUACACGAUAUUCCAACAGAAAAGGAACCCCUCGACUGGAAUACAAGAAUGAAGAUUGCAGCUGGUGCAGCUAAGGGGUUAGAAUAUUUGCAUGAUAAAGCAAACCCGCCCGUUAUAUACAGAGACUUGAAAUCCUCCAACAUACUUCUUGAUGAAGACUUUCACCCAAAAUUGUCUGAUUUUGGGCUUGCAAAGCUAGGUCCAGUUGGUGACAAAACACAUGUCUCCACGCGUGUGAUGGGGACAUAUGGCUACUGUGCUCCAGAAUAUGCUAUGACAGGCCAGCUCACUCUGAAAUCCGAUGUGUACAGUUUCGGAGUUGUCUUUCUCGAACUUAUAACAGGACGAAAAGCUAUUGAUAACACCCGUGGUCCUGGAGAGCAUAAUCUUGUUGCAUGGGCACGACCACUUUUUAAAGAUCGUAGGAAGUUCCCAAAAAUGGCUGAUCCACUACUACAGGGCCGUUAUCCAAUGCGGGGGCUUUACCAAGCUCUUGCUGUUGCAGCCAUGUGCUUGCAGGAGCAAGCGGCUACAAGGCCUUUAAUAGGAGAUGUAGUGACUGCUCUUACAUACUUGGCUUCUCAAACCUAUGAUCCAAAUGCAGCUAGUGGUCACAGUAACAGAGUUGGUCCAUCUACUCCUAGGCACAAGGACGAUCGAAGGAACAUGGGAGAUGGGCUGGAUAGCCCAGAUGAGCCUGGACGAGGUGGACGGCAUGGUAGCCAUUCAUACAGAAACUCACCUGAUUUCAGAAGGAAAGAUCCCAAUAGGGACUUGGGUGCUGGUGUAGAAUUAGGAAGGAUUGAAACCGGUAACGGCUCUGGGAGGAAAUGGGGUCUAGAUGGGUUAGAGCAACAAGAUUCUCAGAGGGACAGCCCUGUAAGUGCUGGGAGAGCAAGGGAAACUCUGCGAAAUCGUGAUCUAGAUAGAGAACGUGCGGUGGCUGAGGCGAAGGUUUGGGGCGAAAACUGGAGAGAAAAGAAAAGAGCAAAUGUGAUGGGUGGUAGCUUUGAUGGUACAAAUGAGUAAAUGCAGUAACAUGCCAAGCAAAGUUUCUCAUCUUCUGAGGAAAGCAGUGUUGUAAAGUUCUGAAGGUCAUUGUGAUGAAAGAGAAGAAAUUGCAAGGGUGCACAUCAUCUUCUACAGUCUUGGUUUGCAUCUACCAAGGAAAUAAGUGAUCUUUCAUCCUCCAACUUUGGCUGUUGUUUGCUUGUCAUAUGUCAUUCUUGUAGUCGAGUAUGGAAAGUGAAUGCUUGGGAAUUGUGGUAAAAAGGAAAAGCAGAAAGAGAAAGGCAUUGGAGGAUGGGAAGGGGUAGUGUCAUGAUUUGGGGGCAUUUACAGGUCGCCCCCCCAGAAAAAUGGUUAUGCAACAUUGUUCAUCUUUGUAUUUAGGUUCUGAUGCUCAUAUUACAAUGGGGAGUCAGAACCAUGUGUAAUUUUUGCCCCCAUAUGUUACAGUCUGUAAGUGGGGAAAUUAGUGGGUUUGGUUUUGGAUGUUGUUUCAUCUUGUAUUCAUACAAUCUCAUGUAUGGAUUCCUGAGUCAUGUUUCGGCCUAUACAGAAAUGUUUCAUCCAUUUGUUCUCUGUGUACAUUUCUCUUCUUAAUCCUUAUCAAGUUAUUCUACUAGUAUUCUUAUGUCAUCA